CUCAUGACAUGCCUCAAUCUCGAGAACACCAUGCGGUGGCACGCGAAGCCCAAAACCGCCAAGUGGCUUUCCCAGGCUCGUCUGGACUGGGUCGGCGCCAUGCUGGCAUCUCCCAGUAGCUAUGACGGCUCGGCGAAAGAGCAGGACCCAAUGCAGGCUAUGGCUUCGCAAAUUCACGCAGCAUGCGAGAAGCUCAAGGUUUUGCUUGCUCAACUUCCGCCGAAGGAUUGGGAACGUGUCAAGGCCCAGAUUAUUGACGCGUAA